AUGAACAUUAAUUCAGACCGACCCGCGCCGCGCAAGCCAGCGAAGAGCCGGACGGGACUACAGAAUGGACGAGAAGUAGCCACUGGAAGCAAAAGAAAUGUGAUCCAGUCGUCGAGCUUCAUGGAUGCUUUGGGUGGUGGAUCGACGACGGAAAAGGAGAAGAAACGACCACGAAUGGUGAAUGAAAGGAAGAAGAGACGAUCGAGUGAGGAGGAUCUUUUGAGUGGCAUCUACAACAAGAUGAACAAAAUGCACGAGACAUCAUCGACGAUUGAUUACAUGCAAGGAGGCAGCAGCAGUGGAACACAUGUAGAUGGACCGAAGAGCCCACCUGAAGUCAAGACGCCUACACCAAUCUCACCACCACCCCCAGAAAGGGUUGCCAAGAUCAGAUUUGCCGACGAUCAUGGUCGACCUCUCGUCGAUGUGCGUUACUUCGAGGUGGAGGAAGGUGAACGAGUCAAUGUCAACACGCUUACCCAUGAGCAGAUUCGGGCAAUGGAGGUUCAAAUGGAGAAGAAAGCUUUGGGAAAACACGGCGCCGCCGCUAAAUCGGAAAUGAAACAAGAAUUCUCGGAGGAUGAUCCGAUGGAGGGAUACACGAUGGAUGCGAUCGGAAACAGCGAGAAUAAGUGGCGCGUCAUUGGGCUAAGCAAUCUGCCAACGAGAGGCUAUGGAACGAAGUCGGUUGAGGCGAAGAAUGAAACGAGAAGGCAACAAAGAGCUUUGGAAGCUUUUUAUAUGCCGGGACGUGGUGUCACUCGCUUCGAAGAACCACCAUUGGUUGACGCUCGUGCAACGGAUCGACAUCGGCCAAAAGCGAUUCCAUUGACUUGCCCAGUCCAGCAACCAGCCACAACAAUUGCCGCAGCAACACCAGCUUCAACUUCAUCAUCUCAAUCAACAACAACAACACCUGCAGCUACUCCAAAUGUGGUCAACGUGCUGAAGAGUGAUGCGGAUGCGGUUCCGGGGAUUGCGGGGAUUGCGACGCCAGCGACAACUGCACCUACGGUUCCAGUGACUCCAUUGACCGCUCUUUUGCCCGAGAGAAGCAAAGUGAUGGAUCUCCUCUCGAAGUUGAAAAGCAAUGGCAUCUUGCAAGGAAGCCCGGUGGCUGGUCAACCCACUCAACCACUACAACAACAAGCUGCCCCGCCAAUGGUCGCUCCAAUCUAUUCGCAACCGGCUCAACCGACUUAUCAACAGGAAUUCUAUCUGCCUCCUGUCACAGCCGCUUCAUCUACAAUGCCGUCGAUGUCAUCAACGAUCAGUCGUCCAAUGGUCUCCAACUACCAUCAACCACCAGCUAAUGUCUACACUCGAGCUUCAGCAACGAUCACGCAAACUGCUCCGACACAGCAUUCGUAUGUCGCCACGAUGCCUCCACAACCGAUCACUCCACAUUUCUCGUCGCAAAGCGCACCUGCGUUGCCAGUGAGCGCCACUUUUAACCAAAUGCCCAUCGUUGUGCCCCCAGCGCCAAGAAAUAUUGAGCAAGCACAUUAUGGAGGCCCUGGUGGUGGAGUUGGAGGAGGACAUUUCGAGCGACCGGCAAUCAAACCCCGUGGACCGUUCAAUGGGCCAGUGAUGGGUGGAUAUCGACAGUGUCGAACGUACGGAACGGCCACUGGAUGCUCGUUUGGAGAUCGAUGCCGAUACGCGCACGGAGAUCAACCACCACCUGCAGCAGCUGGUGUUCGACGAAACGCGGCGAAAAACGAGGCGACAAUCGCCGGGUCGGUUGGUGCACGAAUGGGACUC